AAAACAUACAAAAUAUCCAUCCAAAAAGGAACAGCCACAAAAUCAACUGUGAAAUCAAAAUUGACAAAAAGCUCGCGAGACUUUUAAGAGCUCGGCUUCAACCUGGCGAAUCGCAACGGCAGCAAUAACAACAACAAUAGAGCCGAUGCCGCUGCUGGCGGCGCAGCCUCUGCCGCUGUAGCCGCCGCCGCUGGCCGUAACAACAACAACAACAAUAAUAAUAAUGCAGCUGCCGCCGGUGGUGGAGCAGGAGCAGGAGCUGCUGCAGGCGCUGGCGCCGAUGCAAAUGCUGCUGCUGCCGCCGGUGGCGGCAACGAGUGGAUACCCGAGGAAAUGGAUCGCUUCAGUUUCGACGACUCCAUACGAUUCGAGGAGGAUUCACUGUGUAGCUGGAGCUCCGAGGCGGAAUCGUUGUGCAACAAUUGGCGCGGCUGGAAGAAGCCAUCGAAUUGCUCCAUAACAAUGGGCCCAGGCAACAAUGGUAUUGGCCUCAAUCCAGGCACUGGCGGCCCCGUUGCCCACGCAACCGGCAGCAGUGGAGGAGGCGCCACAUACGGCAGUGCAUCAUUGGGUUACGGCGGUGCACCCAGCGGAACUGGCAGCAGCAAUGGCGUUGCCAACAACUCCUCGGCCACAGUUACAGCCGGCGUUCAUUGCGGCCGAUAUUUCGAGGUAUCGUCGCUUGCCGAGCUCGCCGCGCGAUGUGUCGCCUCGUAUAUACCAUUCGAGCUGGUCGAACACGUUUAUCCGCCCGUGCCGGAGCAGCUGCAGUUGCGCAUCGCAUUCUGGAGUUUCCCGGACAAUGAGGAUGACAUACGGUUGUAUUCGUGCUUGUCCAACAGCUCGGCGGAUGAGUUCAAUCGCGGCGACCAAUUAUUUCGCAUGCGCGCCGUAAAGGAUCCACUGCAGAUUGGUUUUCAUCUGUCUGCAAGCGUUGUUAGCCAAACGCCGCGCACAUUUUUUAAUGUCGCCGUCACAUUCGAUCGCCGCCGGAUUUCGUCCUGCAACUGCACCUGUAGCUCAUCCGCUUACUGGUGCUCCCAUGUGGUUGCCGUCUGCUUGCAUCGCAUUCAUUGUCCGCUGGAGGUCUGCCUUCGCGCACCCGUCUCCGAGUCGCUAACGCGCCUGCAGCGCGAUCAGCUACAAAAGUUUGCCCAGUAUCUGAUCAGUGAGCUACCGCAGCAGAUAUUGCCAACAGCUCAGCGACUGCUGGAUGAACUGCUCAGUGCCCAGCCGACGGCAAUAAAUACCGUCUGUGGGGCACCCGAUCCGACGGCGGGGGCGUCGAUAAAUGACCAGACCAGCUGGUAUCUGGACGAGAAAACGCUCCACAAUAAUAUCAAGCGCAUACUCAUCAAAUUUAUUCUGCCGGCGCCGAUUGUUUUCAGCGAUGUCAACUAUCUGACUAAUUCGGCGCCACCUGCGGCAGCUGAAUGGACAUCGUUGUUGCGUCCACUGCGCGGUCGCGAACCAGAAGGCAUGUGGAAUCUGUUGUCCAUUGUGCGUGAGAUGUAUCGACGAUGCGAUCGGAAUGCGGUCCGGCUGCUCGAGAUCAUAACGGAGGAGUGCAUGGCCUGCGAUCAGAUGCUGAUCUGGUGGUUUCAAACCAAGCUGGCACUCAUGAUGGGCUCCCAUGGCCACAGCGGUGGCAAGCACUCCAAUACACAUUCAAACUCGACGGCGCUGCAGCAUGCGUGCAGUUCGUUGUGCGACGAGAUUGUGGCACUGUGGCGUCUGGCCGCACUGAAUCCGGGGUUGGCACCCGAUGAGCGCGACAUGCUGCACGCUCAGUUUACGGCUUGGCAUCUAAAGAUUCUGGAUCGUGUGGUCAAGAGUCGUAUGAUGCCAUCGUCGUACACAAACAAACAUCAGCAGAAUUCACGAUCCGAAACGGAGCUGUUCAUUGGCUUCAAGCCGGCAAUUGAGGCGUGUUAUUUGGACUGGGAGGAUUACCCAAUACCGGGCGUAACUUACACACAUGACACAAAUCCCAUUUACUAUUCGCCCUUCACGUGUUUCAAGCAUACGGACCCCAAGGGCGAAUCGUGCAGCGUGACGGGUGUCACCAGCCAGCUAAACGCCACCCAGGCACUGAUAAGCAACAACAAGCACUACAACUACUUUAGUACAUCCAACGAUCAUGGCCUGCAUGCGAGCGCCUUCAAGCAGCGUCCGGAACGAAGUGGAUAUCGCGACCGUUUCGAUGCUGGCGGUGCCGAGUUCUUUGGCUCACCCAACGAGUCAUCGUCCUUAAAUGCUGUCCUGUUGCUGGCCAGUGUUAAUGCCGGCUGUGGCAUGGGCGUUGACCGUGACGCCGCAAUUGCAUUGGCCGCCAAUCCGACGCAACAGCAGCAGCAGCCCCAGCAGCAACAACAGCAGCAUCAACAGCAGCAGCAGCAGAUGCUGCCCCGAGCUGUCGUUACACCCAAAGUAAAUGCAGGAACAACAGCAUCAGGAAAAGUGGCAUCUGUUGCUGCAUCCGGUGCCGGUGGCGAUGGCAAUCGGUCUAGCGCCAGCAGCGAGGGCUUCUGCGAGAAUGAAGACUUUGGCGGCGACAACAGCAGCAGUCACAACUAUUGCACCGAACGCGGUCCGGUGGCUGGCCAGAAUCAGAAAUCGCUGACCGAAUCCGAUUCGCAAAGCAGUCUGGAUGCUGUCUCAGCUGUUUCGCAACAGAGCAAGGAUAUGCCAAUAGCAGCAUUAGGAGCAGCAGGAGCAGCAGCUGUUGCUGUUGUUGUGCCUGGCACACCGGACUAUAGGCAACAGGCGUGCUCCACAUCAGACACCUCAUCCGCAUCGUCGGCUUCGUCGUCUGCGUCUACAGCCUCCGGCAGCAGCAAUAGUUCCAGCUCAUCAAUGCUGAAAACCGCUCCCAAUGCACAGCAGCAACAGCAACUUCAGCAGCAGCAGCAGGUGUCACGUCGCCUGUCCAAGGAUGAGUCUUUUAGCAGCAGCAGCGAUGAGUUUGCCCAGGUCGCAGCAACUUUUGCAGCAACAACAGCUGCAGCUGCAGCAGCAGCAGCACAAGCAACAGGAGCAACUGGCAGUGACUCGACGCCUGGGCCAAGCACUUCAGCAGCAGCCCGGGCCGCACUGGCAGCAACAGUAGCCAACAGCAACAGCAGCACUCCAGUCAUGGACCAGGCACAAACAUCUGCAGCACCACCAGCUGUGCCAGCAACUGCAGCAGCAGUGUCAGCAGCAGCGACUGCAACAUCCACUUCAACAGCAGCAACAGUUGUCGGUGCCGCGAACAGCAGCCAGAACAACACGGGUGGACAACGUGCCGCAUUAACUGGCGAUAAGCCGCAUAUAUUUUCAAAUGUGCGGCCCUCGGAGGAUGCCUGGGACAUACUGUUGGCUCGCGCGGAGGGUCUGCACGCCCAUGGACAUGGCCGGGAGGCAUGCAUCCUGGCUGUGCGUCUGGCCGAACAGAUGCUUGCCAAUCCGCCCAAUUUGCUAAUGGAAUUGCCGCCGGCGCCAAAGCGCAAAGGUAAAAAGCAGAACGUCAAUCCCAUCUCGCAUCAGUUGACAGUGGUUGCCUCAUCAACGCUCUCCAAGUGCGCAUUCCUCUGCACUGUGCUCUACGAGAGUUGGGAACACUAUCACCUUGGGUUUCGCAUCUGUCUGUUUGCGUUGGAGAUGCCGCGUCCGCCGGCGAGCACCAAGCCACUCGAGGUGAAAUUGGCCAACCAGGAGGCGGACAUACUGGCGCUGUUGAAACGUCUGCCAGUGUGCUCCGCCGAGUUGCAGGUGAUCCGCGAACGUGCCGAACAGCUGCGCAACGGCACAAUCAAGACGCGUGGCGAGGCUCUGCUUCCGAUCAAUUUGGCAUCGUUCAUAUUCGAUGCACUGGUGACGCCAGCCUCAAAGAUGGCAACGGCCAAUGCCAUGCCUGAUCUGGCUGGUGGCAUGGUGCGCCGUCAAAAUACGGCGACAAUCUAUAAGCAGCACAACGAGGAGAAUAUGGGCUUUGAGGCAGCAGUCGCAGCAUUGGGCCUGAAGGCGAACGUCUCGGAAGCGGAGCAUCCGCUGUUGUGCGAAGGCACACGUCGGCAACGGGGCGACUUGGCACUGGCGCUACUCUCACACUACAAGGAUGAGCCGCGCAAGAUAGCCAAGAUAAUGGAGAAGCUGCUGGAUCGGGAUAUACACACGCUGCUCAAGUCGCCACUGUUGCCCGCCUACUACUCCAGCCAUCCGCCGGUGCGUACGCCCAGCAGCCAACAGCCAAUGCGACGCGAUGAGCAUGACUAUGCAGCAAAUAGUGGUGCUGGUAAUGGUGGCGGUGGUAAUGGUGGUGGUGGUGGUGGUGGUGUUGCUGGAAUCAUCAAUCUAUGUGAACAACUGAUGCCCAACGAUUAUGGCAGCGUUGGUGGCAACAGUCGGCCGCAUAGCUCGACCAGUGCCGAGCUGGAGCUAAGCAUGUGUGCCCUGAGCAUGGCCAGCAGCAGCAAUCAAUCGUGCAGCAGCAGCAAUAACAAUGGACAAGCCCAAAAUCUAGUGGCGGCACAGCCGGGCGGCAGUUCCAGCAGCAGCAGCACAACAACGGCCAGCAAUAAUAAUAACAAUGGCAGCAGUAACAGCAACACUACCGGCGGCAACAAUAACAAUAACAGCAACAAUAGCAACAACAACAAUAAUAAUGGCAGCAGCAGCAGCAGCAGUCGCAGCAAGGAGAGCCGCUAUAAAGGCAAACGCGCUUAUCCGUCGAUACCCAAUCAGCCAUCGGAGGCAAGCGCCCAUUUCAUGUUCGAGCUGGCCAAAAAUGUGCUGACGAAAGCGGGUGGCAACAGCUCCACAUCGCUGUUCACACAGGCCAGCACCAGCCAGAAUCAUCAUGGUUCGCAUCGGGCUCUGCAUAUGUGCGCCUUUCAGCUGGGCCUCUAUGCGCUCGGACUGCACAAUUGUGUCAGUCCCAAUUGGUUGUCGCGCACCUACUCUUCGCACGUCUCCUGGAUACUCGGCCAGGCGAUGGAGAUUGGGGCGCCAGCGAUUAGUUUUCUAAUCGAUACGUGGGAGGCGCAUCUGACGCCGCCCGAAGCGGCUGGCAUGGCGGAUCGUGCUUCCCGUGGCUGGGACAGCAAUAUGGUCUAUCCGGCUGCAGAGCUGGCCCUAUCCGUGCUGCCACAUGCAGCGGCCCUAAAUCCCAAUGAGAUACAGCGCGCCAUACUGCAGUGCAAGGAGCAGAGCGAUCUAAUGCUAGAGCGUGCCUGUCUCACGGUCGAAACGGCCGCCAAGGGUGGUGGCGUCUAUCCGGAGGUGCUCUUCCAGGUGGCACGCUACUGGUACGAGCUCUACACGCGCAACUCGCCCAACAGCAGCGGUGCGGAUCAUGAGCAGCAUGACGACCAGAUGGAGCAUUCGGCGGUUAGUUUAAGUGCGCUCAUCGAGUCUCAGCAGCAGCAUGAAUUGCAACAGCAACAGCAGCAGCAGCAGCAACAACAGCAGCAGCAGCAACAACAGCAGCAGCAGCAGCAGCAGCAACAACAACAGCAGCAACAACAGCAGCAACAACAGCAGCAACAUCAGCAACAACAGCAGCAGCAGCAGCAGCUGCUUAUGAACGCUGCUGCUGGUGGAGGAGGUCCGUUGGCGGGUCCGCCUGUGGUCAGUUCGGCGCCGCAGCCAUUCCAGCCGGGUGUCGCCACAUUGGCACCCAUUGGUCUCGCGCCUUAUGGGCCGUAUACCUUCUGCCAGAGCAUUUAUGCACAUCAUCAUAAUCUCGGCUAUCCGCCUGGCCAGAUGCAGAUGUAUAUAUCAGCUGGUCCACCGCCACCGCCGCAGCCGCUUUACGCUGGCUACUCGCAACAGCAACCGCCACCGCCGUCCACACAACAGCAACACGUGCAACAGCAGCAGCAGCAGCAACAACAACAACAACAACAACAACAGCAGCAGCAACAGCAACAACAACAACAGUCGCUGGCACCACCCACAGCUGUGGUGCAUGCAGCAUCGGUGGGUCAUCAGGCGCCGCCAGCGUUUCAGGCACCGCCUCCGGGCGCCUUUCAGCCGCUGCCACCGCAGGCAUAUCAGACACUGCAGCCGGGCCCGCCUGGUCCGCCCAUGGGUCAAAUGGCGCCAGCCUAUUAUGGACCACCGCCGCCACCGCCACCGAAUGGUGGUGUGGGCGUACCGCUGCGUCAACAUCCCGCUCAGCAUCCAGCACAACAUCCAGCCCAGCAUGCCGUGUAUCCGUUUAUGCAGCAACAACCACCCCCACCGCCGCCACAGCAUCAGCAGCCGCCAUCGCAGCCGCCGGUGCGCCAGCGCCAGCCGCAUCAGUUCACAUCGACUCAGCUGCGUUAUUUGUUGGCUGCGUACAAUGUUGGGAUGCUGGCCAUGGAGACGUUAGCGCGGCGCGUUCACGACGAUCGACCGCAGGCAAAGUACGCCCGGAAUCCGCCGUAUGGCGAGGAUGUGAAAUGGCUGUUGCGUAUUAGCAAGAGGCUGGGCACACAGUAUCUGCAUCAGUUUUGCAUUUGUGCGGUCAAUUCGAUUGUGAGUCCGUUUGUGCUGCAUGAUGUGGCCAUCGAAUCGGCCCAUUAUCUGGGCAGGAACAAUCAUCAGCUGGUCAUGCAGCAUCUGCGGUCGGCCCUAACGCCCUUGGUGCAGAAGUGCCAGCAAAUGUACAUUCAGUGCAUACACCAGAAGCUAUAUCAUCUGACUCAGAGCGAUUAUGAGGAAUUUGCGAGCAUUGUGGUUGCAGCACGAGCUGCCUUUCAAAUCACACCCGAAGGCAGUGCACAAUUCAAGGAUUGGCUGCAGUCCAUCAAGCGCUCGAAGUCGUGCAAAAAGGAGCUGUGGACACAGAUCAAUGCGGCACUACAAAGCAAUUCCAAAUGA